GUCGUCAGGUUUCUGUCAGUCAAAAUAAUGGGGUGGCGGGAGAAACUCUUGCUUUGUUCUUUCUUUGUGUCUAUCUGCAGGUGUCCAGGGAUUAAAUGUGGUCCUGUGAAUGCAACUGAUGUCUCAGGUUUGAAUGGUGAUAAUUCGACUCCAUUUGAGUCAACGACUAAGGACUGUUCAGACCUACAAAAAGAUCUUGAAGAGAUGAAGAUUAAAUGUAAGGAUUCUUUCAAAAUAGCAAAGGACAAUAUUGAUGGUCUUAAAACUCAACUAUAUGAUCUCUUUAAACAACUUGAUACUACCAAUAUCCCAGCCAAGGACGUUUUAGUCAUUUUGCAGAAGAUCAUUGACUUACAAGAGCUGGAUGUGGAACUACACACAGAGAGAGAUGUCAAAAAGACCGCAGACCUGGAAGCACGCCAAAGGGAAUCAAAAAAAGACCUUGUGGAUAUGAUGAAAGAAUAUUCAAGAAAUGUUAAAAUUGUCAAGCGAGCAGCAGCUUUUUCUGAUGUAGGUUUGAAGAUAAGCACUGAGCCGUUAAAAAACAACAUGGCGACAUCAACCCUUCUUAAUGAAUUAAAAAAAUACUUGGAAGACAAGAUCAAGCAACCAGGCAAGCAAGAUGGGAUGUCACAGCAGGUGCUGCAGAUAGUAAAAAUGCAGAUGGCAGCGAUGGACCUCAUGACCCAAACCUCUGAGAAAUACAAGAGACAAACACAGAUUGAUGUAAUAAACACCAAACUUAAGGACAGAAAUGACCUCCUAAAAGACCUGAUGGAGGAUAGAAUAGAUGCGAAAGACGAAACAGCUAAAUACGACAAACACAUAGCAGCAUUAGAGAAAGAAAUAAAGGACCUGGAUGCUGAGAUGUCCGCUAUUAACCAAACACUUCUACAACUUGACGAUCAAAUAAAGGAUGCUAAUGCAAGAAAAAAAGAAAUAAUGGAAAGCAUUGCCAAAUUGAAGGGAAAGGACAAGCUGAUUUCAAGAAUUCUUGCUCUCCAGUUCGAAUAUAUGGAGGCAGUAAAAAGCGCGCAUGGACAAAUGAAAGCACAUGAGUAUCAAAUAACCGAUCUCCAGGCACAACUCGAAAAGGAACAGGAUAGAAACACAUAUCUCCGGGUUGACAAUCACAAUUUACGUAAACACCUGUCUGAUUGGAAACAGGAAUGCACAGACAUGAUGGAGAUUUACAUAAACAUUGAGACUGAUCUGACAGCUCAGAUAGGCCAGAUGUCUGAUUCAACCUCAAAAAACACUCUCCGGAUCAUUUCACUGGGCAUGGAAAUAGACCAAAUAGAGAAACAAAUCAAAGCAGUUUCAUCUAACGACAAUUUGAAAGAAAAACUGGAUAGAAAAAUCAAAGAGCAAAAUAAUCUUAUGGAGGACCUUAAGAAAAAUCAACGCAACUCUGACAAAAUUUUACAGGUGAUAUCACAGAUGGAGGACAUUUGGAGACUACAGAGUGAAGAUCCAGAUGAUUUUAAUAAAAUCAGUGACCUGCAGAAGAAUCUGCUGAACUUGAUCGCAGAAUUAGACGACAAUGAUCCUACAAAACCCAUGCUGAAAAUCAUGGCCCUUCAGUCUGAUGUAACCUGGAUAAUAGAAAUGCUGAAGACUGUGACUGACCAGAUUGAGAUGAAGAAAACUGAUCUUCAAAGGAAACUCAAAAACACGGAGAACUUGCUGAAUGAAAAAAUCAAGGAACUGGAGGCUGGAACCACCAACAGCAGUCAGCUUGAAAAAGAAAUUGCUGCAUUGAAGAAAGAAGUGACGACGUUGGAAAUCCAGAUAGAUGACGCAGACAAGAUGACAAAGCAGAAUAAAGAAGAUCUUGAAGAACAACUAAGACAGCAUACUAAGGAAUUGAACAACGCAACCAAAGAACUGAAGGAAAAGGACGCAAAAAUAGCGAAGCAAUUUCUGAAGAUAAACACUCUUCUUGAUGAAAUGAAAGACAUGAAGCAGCAAAUGCAAGAAACGGAAGCACGGGUCAAUGCCAGAAUAGCUGGCCUUCAGGACAACCUAUUGAAGAAAGAGGAGGAAAAUUCCCGAAUCCAAGAAGAGAAUAAAAAGUUGAAGCGAGAUCUUAAAAAGACGGCAGAAUGCCCUGAACUCAAAGAUCAGUAUGAGAAAAUGCAGGUAAAAUAUGAAGAAACGGUGUCUGAAUUGAACAGUACAGUCCUUCAGAAAGUUUUUUUCUUAAAAAUUUUAAUCGAUGAAGUGGAGAAUCUGGACAAGCAACUCACAGAAGGAACAUCAGAUAGUGAAGAUCUGAGAAAUAAACUGGAAGAAAAGAGAAAAGAACUGGCGGAGGCAGAGCAGAAACUGAAAGCAGAGGGAGACGUUUCAGCCAAAACUCUAACGAUUCUUCAACUACUAACCGAGAUAUGGAAACGCCAAGAGAACCCAACUGAAGAGAAUUUAGCAAAGAUACGCAAUCUGGAAGCAAAACUGCAGGGUCUGUUGACUAAGUUGGAGACCUCGGGGGAGAAGGGGCUGGAUCUGGCCGUGAAGAUGAUCUCUAUAAAGGAAUCAAUGUCCAGACUGAAAAAGGCACAAGAUAAAAUGCAAGAGCAGUACACUGCGGAAAUCAAUGGGCUGAAGAAGGCAAUAGACGACAAGGAAAAAGAGAUUGCGGUGUUGAAAGCAAACUGUGGUCCGUCAGAUCAGCUGAAGGAAAGGAUAAAACAACUAGAGAAGGAGGCUACAGAAAGCAGGAACAAAUCAAUAAAGCUGCAAGAAGAGGCUAAAAAGAAGAUCACAUCGAUACAGGAACAACUUACAACAAAGAGCAAGCAACUUGCCAACGCUGAAAAUAAACUACAAGAGACAAGCGCCAAAAAUGCUGAUUUGAUCAAGAGGCUGAACAAUCUGAAUGAUGACUUGAAGAAAGUCACAGAGCAGAAAAAAGAUUCGCUUAAGAAAGCACAAGAAGAAAUCUCUGAAUUGAAAAAGCUGUCGGAAGAUCAAAGAAAGGAGAUUAUUAAACAAGACGUGAAACUAAGAGAGAAGAACAAAACCAUUUCUACAGUGCAAAGAGAACGGGGUCUUGUGAAGGAUGAGCUGGAGAAACAAAAGAAGAAAACCAAUGAGCUCGAGACGCAGUUGAAAACCAAGAAGCAGCAACUUGCAAAUACCGAAGGCGUCCUAAAGAAGAUGAAAGAUGAAAAUGAUGCUUUGGUACUGAAGCAGGACGAACUGAACGACAACUUGAGAAAUCUUACAGACAAGAAAAACAACUUACAGAAACACGUCUCUGAGUUAAAUAAGAAAUUUCAAAGACAAGAAGAAGAUCUUGUCGAGAAGGAACGCAAGCUCAAACAAAAGGAUGAAGACGUUUCUACAUUGCAAAAGGAACGUGAUAAUUCAAAGGCUGAGCUUGAAAAAGAGAAAAAUAAAUACGACAAAGCAAUCAAUGAGAAUAAGAAUCUUCGAGAAAUACUAACUAAAACUAAAGAGGAAGCGGAGAAAUUGCGGAAAGAAGAAAAAGAAAAACUUAAGCCUGUGUCAGAAUGGCCGAGAUUAGACCGGAAAACCGCACACCGCAGACUCGUCCUGUCAGAGGAUGAAAGAGAGGCACGUACCUCCCUAAAGCCCCAGCCCGUCCCCAACAACCCGGAGCGCUACGACACGGCCAUUGCAGCUCUGGGACGGGAUGGAUUUGACAGUGGAAGGCAUUACUGGGAAGUAGAGGUGGCUGGAAGAAACUGCUAUGUCGUGGGGGUGGCCAGGGCCUCAGCUCAGAGAAAGGGUCUUAUACAUUAUAGUCCUAAAGGAGGCUAUUGGGUUAUUCUCAGGAAAAGAGAUGGUAGACAUGUUGCCCUUGCAGAUACACAGGUUUUGCUUAAAAUAGGCGAGACAACUAAAAUCGGGGUUUUGGUGGAUUUUAACAGUAAAAUGAUCAAAUUUUAUGAUGUGGACAAGAAGCGUUCGGUCUGUCGGUUUACAGACAUCGAGUUUCUGGAAACUGUCUAUCCAUAUAUUGAGUCAUGCAGUGACUCUGAUAUCAAUGACCCGCCUUUGAUCUUAAAGAAAGCUCAAUCCACCGAUUGGAUCAAGCAGUGAUGACACAGAUAUACCAAGAGCAUGCAUUUAUCUCCUUUAAUGUUUUGACUAUUCAUUGCUUGCUCGAAUGUUUUUGCUUUGAAAUUCUCAUGUGUUUCUGUGAAUCGUUGUCAUGUUAAAAGGGUUCACACUAGGGGUGUCAGAUUUUCACAACAUGAUUAUCCUUGCCAACAUAAUAUAUCUAUUGUUUUGCUUUUUUAAGAAAUAAAUAAUGCUAUCAGUCAAAUGCAAA